AUGUCUUCAGAUUCGACCUCGGCGCUACUAUUGCUUCCCCCACCUCCAGCAUUCUCGUUCGAGAAAGUGAAGGAUGCAUUUGAGCCAGCUGUCUCGGAUGUUUUGACAAAGCUCUCUGAGCCCAUCAGGGGAUCUUGCCGUAUCGCUACACUCGAUAUUGCGCUGGCGAUCCCUGAUCUUCAGUCCCCAUCGUGCAGGCCCAUUGGGAAGGUCUUCGCCCAACUCCAGCAGUACCUCACCAGCAUAUAUACGCUUGUGGGUGCUACCGCUGCGGCUCGAGAUAUCGAAUUAGACUCUCCCGGUGGCAUUGACACCCGCGUGCUAUUUCUUGAUCCCUCAACUGCCGCCGAUACACUGUCUUCUCAGGCAAGUGUUGGCGACUUGGGGUUCGGGCCAGUCUUUGGCUUACACUCACUGGCAACCUCGGGCCGACGGUGGGACCAUCUGUGGUAUCCCAACAUCGAAGCUGGCAAGACAUUAGCCACUUCUUUCGCCCAUAGUCUUGGAAGCCAGGUCGGGAGCCACCUCGAGUCCUCACUACAGGCAGUGUCUAGCAGCUCAACCUGGACAGUCCCAAACCCGCUUUUGAUCCCGGAGCCCACGGCUACAACCCCUCAUUAUUCAGUGAUCGUGGGAGGAACCUUUGAUCACCUUCACCUCGGCCACAAACUUCUACUAACAGCGCUUGCGCUCUCUCUGGAGCCGGCAAACCCCGCAGACAAGCAUCGGCAAAGAAUACUGGCUGCAGGUGUGACUGGGGACGCCCUUCUGGUAAACAAGAAGUAUGCAGACUAUCUCGAGAGUUGGGAGGACCGUUUCCAAAACACUGCUGCUUUCCUUCGAGCCAUCAUGUCUAGCUCGGGGAAUGCCACCCCGCGCCUCGAUCGCAUCACUGCACCUGGCCCCAACGGGAACUUUGUGGUGGUAACAGUGCAACCCAACCUUUCCUUCAAGUUCACGGAGAUCUGGGAUCCAUUCGGUCCCACCAUUACAGAGGAGAAUCUCACAGCGCUUGUGGUGUCCAAAGAAACUGCAUCUGGAGGAGCAGCCGUCAAUGCCGAACGGAACAAGAAGGGAUGGAAGAGUCUGGCCAUCUUUGAGGUGGACGUGCUUCAGGCGGGAGAGGCCACGGACGUCACCGGCAGCAACUUUGACGGAAAGAUCAGCAGCACAGACAUCAGACGGCGGCGCAUGAAUCUGGCCAAGGUCUGA